AUGGCCAUAGUCAAAUUGAUCAAAGAUUUGGCGUCCGUGAUUGCAUUCGCAUUGGGCUUUCUAGUAAGCCUCUUACGACCACAAUCAUUUUUAAACCGAAUAACUAGGGCUGCAAAGACAGCGGAAUCCUACUAUACCGAUCUCUGGAUUCGCUUAUACGAGCCUGGCCGGUUUAUUGGAAUAUGGGACGAUGUUGGCGCGUCAUUCAGUCAGACCGAUGCCUGGGAGCCAUUCUCCCUCCGGAACACUGUCAAGGCCAACGAUGACAACAAUGCCCGAUUAGAGUCAUUAAUGAGUGCACUUCCACCCCAGGCGGAUGGAGUGGCUCGAGUAUUUCUCCAGGAGCUUUUUGACGAUGACGUUCGCGACAAUGACUCCGCAUCCGGAAUGGACUUCCCGUACAAGUUCCCUCCUCUUAGGAUCGCUACUGUGGGCUUCUUGUCGUUGAUUAGCAACCAAUAUUGGGCCUCACCACUUCGAUGGCAUAAGAUAGAGUCUUUUAAUUUCAUCGAAAGCAAGCGAGGCAGUCCUCAAGUUCGCUGGGUCAAUGUCGUGCGGUAUCUACGCUUUCAGGUCAUUGACAAUCGACUACAAGACUUUGUAAAUUUUGUGACCGGGCCUUAUCUGGUCCAGUUCGAUAUGGAGAUGAACAGGAAUGCGAUGUAUAAGGAGGAAGUAGCCAAGCGAAAGCAGCAGCUCUCCACAUACGUACACUUUCGGAUACUUGCGUCUAUUCUUUGGUGGCUGGGUCUGGGUCUAUUCUGCAUUAUUCUUGUCGUUUCCUUUCUCAUUGGCAUGUUUAGAGAUAUUAGCCUCGGUGCUAAGGUGCUUGGAUACGGGCUAGCUGUCGUCUCCUUCCCUGCUGUGAUUGCCUUGAGCCUUACUUUUCUUCUAUCCUUGAUGGGCGAAUUGGUACGACGACGGCGAAAGGCAAGGAAAGCGGCACAAGAAUCACCUCGAGUCGAAAGGCGUCAGCAAGGUAUGGGAGCAGACGAGGAAAAUGCCUCCCCAGUCAACCCGCCUGAACCUACGACUAGGAUGGCGGAGCUAGCAAGCGCUGCCGCCAACCACGCAGGAUCAGAGGACGAGGUGGCCAACGAGUAG